CUUCAUUGACAAUCUUAAGAUAAACUCCCACGAUCUUGAUCUGAGGAAGUAAUUCAAAUCAAAUAAAUGGGUAGUUGUGUCUGCAUCUGCCAUAAUUAGCAUAUAAAUUAAGUUGCUCAUUUUGCAAAGCAAACUUAACUUUGUGGUGAAAGUGUUAUAACUGCUCUAAAUCUGCUUUCUGAGGUGCCUGUCUCAUCAGAAACCCGCACACACUGGAUGACAGAUCACCGUCCUUUCAGUCCUUUUGAAGAGCGACUUUUGUUCCGUUUCAUUUAUCAAAACUCCAGAUAACAGAAGUGGCACCCCCCCCCCCAAAGCCUCUCCAAGCUGCAGCUGAGUAAAAAUCGCAGAGGAUGUCUGGAACUAAUUAGACAGAAACAGUUUUUGCAACAACACUUACGCUGUUGGAAGGUGCUGCCUGAAUCCUAUUCUGGUGGGAGAGUUUGUGUUCACUGGAUGACAAGAGCCCUGUGUAGGUGACCUCAGAAGACUGUUAGGAUUUGAGGACUGAAAAGAGUCCCCAGACAAAGCAGGUUUGUUCAACUCUGGGUAAGGCUUGAGGAGGUCGGGUAGGGGGAGCUGAGGACAUGAAAGGAAAAGGAGAAGUGAGGAAGGAUGGAAAAGGGGAGGGAUUAUGGCAAAAAGGGGCAGGGAGCCUACAUUUCCAUUCCCUUCUGCAAGAAAAAAAAUUGUGGCUUAAAUCUAAGCCAAACUCUUCUGCAACCAACGUAUUUGACUGUGGGGACGACAAAAGCAAGAACAUUAAAAGAGCAACAUGGUCAGCCGUGUGGAGCAUCCUGCUGCAGGCUAUAAGAAGAUCUUUGAGACAGUGGAGGAGCUGGAUGAACCCAUUCCUGCUCAAAUAAGUGGCGCUAUCCCAUCAUGGCUGGGGGGCAGUCUCCUCAGAAUGGGUCCCGGUCUUUUUGAGGUGGGAGAUGAACCCUUCCACCACCUGUUUGAUGGACAGGCUCUCAUGCACAAGUUUGACCUGAGGAACGGUCAGGUGACGUACAACAGAAAAUUUAUUAGGACAGACUGUUACGUUCGUGCCAUGACAGAAAACCGAGUGGUUAUCACUGAAUUUGGCACCGUGGCUUAUCCAGACCCCUGCAAAAACAUUUUCUCCAGGUUCUUCUCGUACUUCAAAGGAAUUGAGGUGACUGAUAACUGUUUAGUUAACAUUUAUCCGAUUGGCGAAGACUUCUAUGCUGUCACUGAAACCAACUACAUCACAAAGGUGGAUCCUGAUUCUCUGGAGACUAUAAAACAGGUGGAUCUGUGUAAGUAUCUCUCAGUGAACGGUCUUACAGCUCACCCACACAUCGAAGCAGAUGGUACGGUCUACAAUAUCGGUAACUGCUUUGGCAAAAACAUGAGUCUGGCUUACAACAUCGUGAAGAUCCCCCCUACACAGAAAGAUAAAUCAGACCCCAUUGAGAAAUCCCAAAUUGUUGUUCAACUACCAAGCAGUGAGAGGUUGAAGCCCUCCUAUGUGCACAGUUUUGGCAUGACCAACAACUAUUUUGUAUUUGUGGAGCAACCUGUGAAGAUCAACCUGCUGAAGUUCCUGUCGGCCUGGAGCAUCAGAGGAACCACAUACAUGGACUGCUUUGAAACCUGCGAGAGCAUGGGGACAUGGUUCCACUUGAGCACUAAGAACCCAGGAGCUUAUAUGAGCAGCCACAAGUUCCGGACAUCUGCUUUCAACCUGUUCCAUCACAUCAACACCUAUGAGGACCAGGGCUUCAUCGUGGUGGACCUCUGCACGUGGAAAGGUCAUGAGUUUGUGUAUAACUACCUUUAUCUGGCCAACCUGAGGGAGGAGUGGGAGGAGGUGAAGAAAGCUGCAGCAAAAGCUCCCCAACCGGAGGUCAGGCGAUACGUUCUGCCGCUGGAUAUUCACAAGGAGGAGCAGGGCAAGAACCUGGUCUCUCUGUCCUACACCACCGCAACAGCUGUUCUUUGCAGCGACGGCACCAUCUGGCUUGAACCUGAAGUGCUCUUUUCUGGACCAAGACAAGCUUUUGAAUUUCCACAAAUCAACUACUCUCAGUGUUGUGGAAAGAAAUACUCCUUUGCCUACGGCCUCGGACUGAACCACUUCAUCCCUGACCGGAUUGUCAAGCUGAACGUGCAGACUAAAGAGACCUGGGUGUGGCAGGAGGAGGAUUGUUAUCCAUCAGAGCCGAUCUUUGUCGCCACACCUGGAGCCACACAGGAGGAUGAUGGUGUGCUCCUGAGCAUCGUGGUGAAACCGGGUACAGAGAGACCAGGAUUCCUGCUGGUUCUGGACGCCAUGAAGCUGACAGAAGUGGCCAGAGCAGAGGUCAACGCCAUCAUCCCCGUCACUUUGCACGGGUUGUACAAACCAUGACUCCAUCCAUCAUCAGGCAAUUAUCUCCGAAUUUCAUUUAGUGAAGCCAAACUGGUUUACAAAACAGCAGCAACAUUGAAUUAUCAUGAACUGGAAACAUUUAUUCAAAUUUGCAUUUAAAUGACAUUCUUAUGUCUCACAGAUUAUUAGUCGAGUUUUGGACGCAGGAGGGAGCCAUGCAUGCAUAAAGAAAUUUUUUUUAAAAUGUCAUGUUUUUAUUCCAAUAUAUGUGUGAAACAUUAUUAGUAGAAAAUAGAAACUACUCAUGAACUGAAUUGACCUUAAGCUAUUAUUUUAAAAUUAAACUAUUCAUCAUAAAUCACCAUGA